AUGUCAAGCCCAACCCAUGCACGUUGUCCCUCGCCGUCAUGUCCUUCCGCCCUCAAAGAAGCGACUCUCCAGCUAUAUUACCUCGCGGAAGGGGCCGCGAAUAUCAUCUACACCGUGUCUGUUGUGUCACCGGAGAGUCUGAAGCAUCACUCUCGUUGCUGUAUCAUGCGCCUACGGAAAGAUCUCUCCUUCACGAAGCCCGCACAGGAAGUGAUGUCAGACUUCAAGAGCGCGGUACUCCCUUUGUUUGGUGACGAAUACAGGACCCUGCUAAUGGAGCAGGCAUUGUAUCGGCUCUCGGAGGAAAUGGCACAGAAGGCGAAUCAAGAACUGAGAGAGAUGGACCAGGUCGAUGAGGCGGCCGUGUCGGCUGAGGGCAAGAAAGUUCGACAUGCUCACCGACGCCACAUCUAUCUGCCGUCCUACCAGGUGGAACAAUAUGGCAUUUUGAUGCAAAACUUGCAAGGCCCAGGAAUUGACUGGCUGGUCGAGUUCAAGCCAAAAUGGCUGGUGCAGAGUCCUAGCGCGCCCUCGGGCGCGAGAAAUUGUAGGACCUGCGCUCUCAACGCCUUGAGGAGAAAAGAUGGGAAGCAUAAAGGGAGAGGUGAUUCGGGGUUCUGUCCGUUCGAUUUGCUGGUGGGACCUGAGCAGGGGGACGUCUUGACUCGAGCGUUGAAGAAUAUAUGGCCGCUUCACAAGGGGAUUGACAAGUUUGUGGCCGAGUUCACGACGAAGGUGCAACCGGCUUUGCGACACUUGCAGAAGCUGGAGCAAGAGCAUGGCUCCGUGGGCUUGAACGACUUCCUGAGCCCAGACGGCAAGGAUUUUGGCGUUGCCAUGGCCUUGAGAGACUGUAGUGUCUUCUUGGCCCUUAGACGCAGCAUCACCGAAGGAGUGGAUGUUGUGGACGUCAAGUUCGCGGAUCUGGAUUUGAAGACGACCGAGGGAGGGAAGGUACAGAAAUGGGCGGCCAUGGAGCAAGAAUUGCUGGACGGCGGAUGGUAUUAUAAUUCAGAAGGGUUGGACUGCUCGCUGAGUCGUGCCAAGCGAUAG